AAAACCCCCACAAAAAAAAACCCCCCCCCCCCCCCCAACAAAAAAAAAAAAAAAAAAAAAAACCCCCCCCCCCCCCCCCCCCAAAAAAACCCCACAAAC